AUGGUCGUGUCUCCGCCGCAGUCCCCGGUCUCCCCGGUAUCUGCCACAAACGCCCACCAAAGGCCCGCCGAAUCCCCCAAAGCGGCCCCAACUCCAGCACCGCGGCCAGAAGACGCCUUCUCGCCGCCACCGGAAUCUUCAUAUGCAUUGGCGUCCGAACAGGAGCCAGCGCCGCAGAUUGAAGCGGACGCAGUCGACAAUUCUGACACCGAUUCGGCUCUCGGCGUUCCUUUUCGCGAUUCGUUGACAUCGCUGCGGUCAAGCAUUCGCCAUUACCAGCACGAAAAUGGCCGUACGUAUCAUGCCAUGAGUGCGGGGAAAUAUUUCCUUCCAAACGAUGAGUCGGAGGUCGACAGGUUGGAUUUGCAGCAUUAUGUGAUGACUCUUACGAUAGGAGGCAAUCACUGCCUCUGCCCGAAAAAUAUGGGUGCCAAAAGAGUGCUUGAUCUCGGAACUGGCACCGGAAUCUGGUCCAUGGAGUAUGCGGAUGCGCAUCCUGAUGCUGAGGUGAUUGGAGUCGAUCUUAGCCCCGUCCAGCCAGACCUUGUGCCCCCGAAUUGUUCUUUUGAGCUCGAUGAUUUGGAGAAGGACUGGACGUGGUCACGACCAUUCGACUUCAUCUUUUCUCGCAUGAUGACAGGCAGUUUUGCAGACAAUAGAAGUAUCGUCUACAAGGCUUUUGACGCCCUGGAGCCAGGCGGCUAUUUCGAGGCCCAAGAUAUGGCUCUUCCUUUAGGUUGCGACGAUGGGACACUAUCAGUUGAUUCAGACCUUUGGAAAUGGGUGCUCCUGGUAAUGGAAGGUAUGGCAAAGUUUGGUAGACCUGUCACCGCUGCGGAGCAGUGGAAGCAACUCAUGGAAGAAGCCGGUUUCGAAGACGUUGUUGAGACCAUCUACAAAUGGCCCACAAACCGUUGGCCUCGAGACAAGCAUUACAAGGAUCUUGGCAUGUGGAGCUUAGAGAACAUGGACCAGGCCCUUGAGCCAGCCACGCUUGCUCCCCUCACAAGAGCUCUUGGAUGGAGUUACGAGGAGGUUAUCGUUCUCGUCAGCAAAGCCAGAAAGGUAUUGAGAGAUACGAGCGUACACGCAUACUGGCCGAUAUACAUCGUUCACGGGCGAAAGCCAUAUAGAAGGGACAAGGGCAGGGCGUGA